UGUAUUUAGAGCCUAACUGGACACACAACACCAGUUGAAUGUGUUAAAUUUGGUCAUGCAGAAGACAUGGUCUGUGCUGGCUCAGUCUCUGGUGCCUUGAAAAUAUGGGACUUGGAAGCGGCAAAAAUUCUCAGGACGUUAACAGGACACAAAUCAAAUGUAAAAUGUCUGGACUUCCAUCCUUAUGGUGACUUUAUUGCUUCUGGUUCAUUAGACACAAACAUAAAGUUGUGGGACAUUCGAAGAAAAGGUUGUAUCUAUACUUACAAGGGGCACAAUAAACCGAUCAAUAAUAUUAAGUUUAGUCCUGAUGGCAAAUGGAUUGCAUCUGCUGGAGAUGAUGGAACUGUUAAGCUCUGGGACCUGCCUGCAGGCAAGAUGUUGACAGAAUUCAGGGGACACACAGGACCUGUUUUGGAUGUUGAGUUCCAUCCCAAUGAGUUUCUUUUAGCCAGUGGAAGCACAGACAGGUUAGUCAAGUUUUGGGACCUGGAAAGUUUUCAGCAAGUAUCAUCCACAGAUGGAGAUUCAGGCCCUGUCAGAUGUAUAUACUUUAACCCAAAUGGAGAAUGCCUGUUCUGUGGGGCUCCAGAUGUUCUGAAGGUGUACGGAUGGGAACCAGCUCACACUUUCGACUCUCUGGUGAUAGGUUGGGGAAAGGUUAUCGACUUAGCCACUUCUCAGAACCAACUGAUUGCCGGAACCUUUUCUCUGACCAACGUGUCUGUGUACGUAGUAGAUUUGAAAAGAGUGCAGCCUUUUGGAAUUCCUUCAGCUAGUCAAUCUAAACCUUGCCCUCUACCAGCCUUUUCAAUUGGUAGCCAUGUCAGAAAAAGUUUCAACAAAGGGCGACCAGAUGGCAAACAAACAUCGUCACUUCAACUAAAGGCUGGAGAAAACUCUGACAGCCUCAUUCCUCAGUCAGACUCUGGAGAAGACUUGAAGUCGUGCGCCGAGAUAAAGGAGCAAGGUUACUACGAUGAAAUUUUUCAUCCUUCGAGAGAAUUGUGUCGAACCCCUCCCAAGGCCGAGCCUUUUCCAGCACCCCCUGAGGACCUCAAUCAGAAUAGUAGCAAAGUAAUAAAACCAGCAGAAAAGGCUCCUUUCACAACACCUCUGGAAAAGUCUCCCAGUCCCAUUGUGGAAAGGAAAUUCGAGAGAAAGUCAUCUAUUUCUACCUCGAGUGUGGUUAAUGGCAGUUCUCUGGGGUCUCCUGAUCUCAAUACUACAUAUGAUAUAAUCUCAGAUGUUAUGCCUACAAGUCCUAAGAUUCUGCCAUCUUUCACUCCCACCACAUUAACAAACCCUGUCCGUCCUAUGAAAAAGGCCACAGCUAUGAUAAGACAAACUGGAAGUCCUUCAGAGUCGUCAUCUGUGUCCAUCGUGAGACCCGUGCCUAUAGUGCCUGAAAGAGACAUCCACGUACGCAAGGCAACAGUCUUUCCUGAGCAGCGUUGUGUACCAACUCCCACCUUUUCAAACUUUAACAAUCUAGUUCCUGAUCAACAACCACAGAGAGGGUCAGGGAAUUCUGUAGACUUUGUACCAGACCAACGUGACCGUCCUGCGGGGCUUGAGUUAGAAGAUUUUUUGCCUAGACAUUUGCAGAACAGUCUUCGGAUUGGAGGCCAGACUCAACCAGAGAUGUCGGAGGCUGAAGCUAUGUCUUCCAUCUUUAAGGGCCAUCAGUCGAUGAUCACUGUCCUCCUGCAUCGUCGGAAAAAUCUCCAAAUUAUUUUAGCUCAGUGGACUACCAAGGAACCGAGGUUGGCACUGGAAUCUGCAAUUAGCAUGAAUGACACGGCUCUUAUAGUAGACCUUCUGAAUGUCAUCACAUCAAGGGCGCAACUGUGGAAUCUGGAUAUCUGCCAACUUCUACUGCCCGCUAUUUACGACUUGUUACAGAGUAAUUUUGAAUCUUACAUGUCAGUGGGAUGUUCUAGUCUAAAAUUGAUUCUGAAGAAUUUUGCGAUGGUGAUAAAGACCAACAUAGUAGCACCACCAAGUGUAGGAGUGGAUAUUAAUCGUGAAGAAAGAUACAACAAGUGUGUCAGUUGCUACAAUCAGCUUCUCUCCAUCCGAGCGUUUCUGUUAAAACGACAGACAAUGCAAGGAAAACUUGGCCACUCGUUCAGGGAACUGCACAUGUUGAUGCAAGGCCUGGAAUGAAGUGUUAGUUUGUGUGCAUUACCAGGAUUUUAAAAGCUGAAAAAGUUUUGAAUCAGUAUACAAAAUUAGACCUAUUAUACUAAAGUCACACAUUGAUGUUUAUGUGACUAUAAGUAUAUGCUGAAUGAUGAAGAAUCGGGUGUGGAAUUAUAGAACGAAUAACAUAUUUAUCAUAUCUUCUGUUUUUUGUUUUUUUUUAUAAAAUUUGGAUUUUUUUUUCCAGUAACCUUAAAUUACUGUAAUAACGAAAGCUUUUUUUUUUAUUUAUAAACAUUCUGAAGUUGAAAAUCACUCAGAAUCUGAAUAUUGGUUUUUUUAAAAAAAAAACAAGUUUUCUUUAUCGUCUCUAACCCCUAAUUCUUGAUGGUGUGAGGAACAAGAAGUAUUUUUCUAUACAAGGAUUUCAAAAGUACCAGUUAAAGGUUGUAACUAAAACAUUCCAUUUUUAACUUUUUUUUGUUUGUUCUAGCAGAUGAUGAAUAGUUGUAAUAACAACUAGUAGUCAAGAUACUUUUUUCUAGAAGUAAAUCUUUACCUGAUUUUCACAGAAAGUAAGCUUCAUAUAGAAGUUAGUAUCUGGAGCUCGAACUUUAUAUGAUCAUCAGACUUUCACAGAGAGUAAGCUUCAUAUAGAAGUUAGUAUCUGGAGCUCGAACUUUAUAUGAUCAUCUGACUUUCACAGAGAGUAAGCUUCAUAUAGAAGUUAGUAUCUGGAGCUCGAACUUUAUAUGAUCAUCUGACUUUCACAGAAAGUAAGCUUCGUUUAGAAGUUAGUACCUGGAGCUCAAACUUUACCUGAUUAUGUGAUUUUCACAGAAAGUAAGCUUCGUAUAGAAGUUAGUAUCUGGAGCUCGAACUUUAUAUGAUCAUCUGACUUUCACAGAAAGUAAGCUUCAUUUAGAAGUUAGUAUCUGGAGCUCAAACUUUACCUGAUUAUGUGACUUUUACAGAAAGUAAGCUUCGUUUAGAAGUUAGUAUCUGGAGCUCAAACUUUACCUGAUUAUGUGACUUUUACAGAAAGUAAGCUUCAUUUAGAAGUUAGUAUAACUGCUUUUUCUUGAAGUAAAGAUUGCUUAAACUUAUGCAGAACAUCACCAUACAUAUACUCUACCUUAGAAGACUGAAUAUGAACUUGUAUUGAAAACCUUAUUUCAUGCAUCUUCUUUCUCCUGUGAUGCAUCUUUUAAACUGAUGAAUGAAGUUAUGUCUUGUAACGACAUUGCUUUUCUUACCUUAUAUUCAAAACAGCAACUCUUGAACAGACAUUGAUAACCAUCAGUUUGAUAAUAUGUUAGAUGAUAGAAUUCAUUAGUCAAGAAUAAGAGGAAAUAAAUGGCACUCUUGAAAGAUUUUUACACAGUUAAAUUUAAGUCUUUUUUUUUUUCCUAGUUCAUGCAUUAAAAAGUUUUGAAUUUAAUAAAAUUAAUUUAGAAUAGAAAAUUUAACAUAAAUGAAUUAUUUAAGAAAAUGACUCAUUAUAGUUUUAAAACAAUCCUCAAAUGUAAUAGUGACUACAAGAGUUUUCAGUAAUUUUUUUUUACAUCGUACAUCUUACAAUAGAGUAAAUGGUUAUUAUUCUCAAUAGUAUAUUCUUGACAACAUAGGUUUCAGAUGUUACUCUUUUAUCCAAUAUUUAAGUCUCGUUAAAUGAUAAUCUAAAUAAUUUUUCCCAUUGUUUCCUUUGCAGUCAUUUGCUUAUUUAUUUGAAAUAAGUUCAUUAUAAAUUUAAAUACUUCAGCAAUUUUCCACAGAUAACAUAAUUAUGUUUUAUCUUCAAAACCUGUAAAAUAAAAUAAAUUUAAUUGAAGAGCAGUUGAUACAAUUAAUAUUUAUCAACUAAAUCAAAACAUUUUAACUUAGCUUCAAGAGCUAAGUAAAAACAACUGCCUGUUCAACUAAAAAAAGAAAAACUCGAUAAAAUUGAGGUACUCUUGCAGAAAACAUUAAGAUAAUUAAUGUGCCGUGUAUUAGCCUUGUCAUAGUUUAAGCUUAAUCUUAAUAUUAGAGUUUUAGUAAUAUAAAAAAAGUGCCUUUUUUAAAUAUGUGGCUCCCAAUAUUGUACUGAGAGCACCAUUUACAUGUUUGGUAAUAUGAAAAUGCCAUAUUUUUUUAGAUUUAACAUCCCCAUACAUUGUUAUUACAUUUACCUUUUCUUAAUAGUUUUAAACUUUUGUUUUUGAAGGUUGUAUUGACCCACAGUUGAUGAGUAAAACAGAAUCACUGUUACAUGUAUAAGGUUAAACUGUGCCAUAUUUUUUUUCAAGAGACAAACAUGUUGUCUUGUAUGACUUGGGAUAUCAAAUAUUUGAUAGGUGAGAUUGGAACAAAACAAAUUCUCUUGGUAUGUUGUAUAUUUGUUUCUUAAUUGAUGAGCAAUGAUGUUUUUUAUUCUUUGGUUUCAGAUAACAGCGAAAGAAAAAAACAUUUUAAUUGUAUUUAAUGAGAAUUCACUGUUGUGCCUGUUGCUGUUUAUAUUUUAAGCCUAUGGCUUAUGUUUAAAAUUAAUUUACAAAACUAACUAUUCAAUAAUAUAGAUAUUAAACCAAUAAUUUUCUGGUAAAAUUUGUGGCAGUUGUGACUUCAGCUCAAAGAAACACUAAAGAACUUUGAAGAAAAUUAGAUAUGUUGCUGAUUGAAAAGUAGAAAAAGUAAAUAAUACAAUAGAUUUUGUUUUUUUGCAAGAUUUCUGUUGUUUAUUGUAUUUGUUAUCAGGUUACCAUCACAAAAAAACAUAGUGUUUUAUUGGUUCCUAGCCAUCAAUCUAAUGUUUAAUAUCUAAAGUUAAUGGAAUUCAUACCCGAAAGAACACAUUUAGGAGUAACAUGUUCGAUAAGUAUGAGAAGAAAUUCUUCACUAUGUUAACAAUGAACACUAUUUUUGAGUAUCUUGGACUUUUUUAAACGCUCAUGUUGCCUAGUAAUGCUUGCUCAUAUCGUUAAUUUAUUACCUAGGGCAAUAUUUUUGUGUAUAUUGGCUUGGGUUAUACAAGUUCCUUAAACAACUAGUUAUAGCAGUGGUGCUGAUUUGCAUAACAAUCAAAUGUUUUGUUUAUUAUAAUUUCUUGCUCAUCACUUAACUAAAUCUUUGUGUACUUUAAUGUUGUAUAUAUAUUUUUUUUCUCCAUCCUUUGUUGGUAUCAUUUAGACUUUUUUAGCCAAAUCAAAUAGCAGGACUGAGUGCAUUUUUUUUUGACAUUUUCAUCAAUAAAGUUUUGUGGGUGUACAUGAUAAA